AUGGAUGAGAAUCGAGCUGAAUCAAAGCAGGAUUGUCCAUUUGAUGUUGGUGAGAAGAAAGCACUCCCGCCUAUUCCUGGAACUCCACCCAAUCUAGGAAAAGGAUGCCAUCGUGAGAAUAUUGAACAGAACACUCAGACCGAGAUGAAUGAGCACAAUGUAAUUACAACCUCUAAUAACAUUACAGAAAGAAUCAGGAAUCAUCGUGGCAAUCGGAAAGAUGGCCCGAAUCUUUUGACGGGAAGGAUAUCACCGCGGAAGAAGAGGACUGGUAACCGUGUUGAACCUAACAAAAAGAAGCACCAAUGUGGGUUGUACGACGCACCGCCUCCCAAACCCGAACGCAGACAACUCAAUGGAUUCUUCCACCCAGGCCUGGCUAGUAUUCAAGGAAAUAUUAAUACGUUCCAACAUCAUAGUGUUAACAGAUUGCCACAGAGUGCAAGAAAAUUUAUGACAAAGGAGACGAAGUACAAGGUCGAUACCGUGCAUGGUCACCGUGUGCCAGUGACUCAAGAUCUCGAUUUCUGCCCAAAUCGUGCACAGAAACAGAAAUGGAAACGCCGACUGUCCCCAAUCAAACGGAAAGUAGUACAUUGCGAGAGAGAUGCCCCAGUAAAAGAAGAAAAUCAACAGCUAAGCAAUGAAGGAGGUGAAAACCAAUCAGAAAAUAACGAAAAGACUGUAGACAGGUCAAUGUUAAGCGGAGAACCAGAAAAAAUAAAGGUUAUCAGUGAUGUGACACCAUCGGAAGAUCCACGAAUUGAAUGCCGUCUUGAAAAUGAAGAAACAGCGAUGCCAUCCAGUCAAGUACCAGAUAUGAAAGAAUAUCGGCAAGAUGGUGACCAAUGCGAUGAGUCUUCAACAACUCACCCUGGACCAAUAAAUUCAAAAUCUGAAUAUGCUGAAUCUGGAAAUUAUAUAUCUUAUCCAAAGCGAUCAGCUUUGAUAGAAGAUGCAAUUCGAGAGCUUGUAAAUUCAAUGGUUGCUCGGAUAUCACCUGAGCUGGAUAACGGUGCUGACCAAAAUUCUUCUCCAAUGUCAGAUACUUCAUCUUCUGAGUAUAAGCAGCUCAUCUCAAUAGGAAUCCAAACGAAUUUGAUGGAUUUAGAAUGCCAAGAUAAAACAAAAAUCUCCCUUCUCAAUGACGAAAGUUGUUGUGCAGAAUGUGUCACAGAACGUUCGAGUGAGGACGGAGAGCGUUCCACUUCAAAAGAAGUUUCAGGGUCAUGUUCACCACAGGCUAAAGAACACCAACUUAGGUAUGUUGAAAGUUAUUCGGCCAGCGACAAACCUGAUUCCGAUAACAACGACGAUCAUAUUCACACAGCAGACAGUGAAGAAUGUACGGUUCAUUUAUCGGUGAGCAAAGGAACCAUGACUCCAACCAUGCUGGAAUGGCAAGCCCUCGAAGAUACCAUUGUCCAAGAAAAUCCCGUUAGUAACAGACCAAUCACAACCCCUAGUGUGGAGGAUCAGUCAUCAUUGACUGCUCAGCACAUUCUUGAAGUCCCAGGGUUGGGACGAAUGAACAUGCCAUUUCAACAUCAGCACAUAGUUCAACCUGAGAUAAGUGAUAUGGACGUAAUGACCGAAUCAGUAUCAAACAGUGACGAACAGCUUCAGCGUAUCUUGAUAGAGGAUAGCGGAGGGGACUACACACCGGCGGCUCGUACAGAGUCACGGGUGUCAAUAUUUACACUCGGUCAUGGUGAUCAGAGAAUGGCGAUCUCGUCAUCACUCAGCAACAUUCCAUCGCCACAACUGGGCUCUGUUGUCGGCGACGAACAGGAAAAUGAAACGAGAUUGAUAGAAAGUCGGACAACUGAUGCCGAUCCUGAAGAAGAAAGAUCCCAAGUAUCUAAACCUUCAAGUAGGGAAAGGCUAGAGAGAGACAGUGUACAAGAACUGAUUGACAACCUGAUAGCAGAGCGUCUCAACGGCGUAGCUGAAACUCAGAUGAAUGAUUCGAUAACUGUUGAGAAUAGAGGGAGCCCGCUGACUAACCCAACCCAAUUAUUCACAUUGAGGAUUACCGAACUUCCGGAUCAUCAGUCCGAAAUAUAUAGGAGAAAUGACCUUUCGAACGAAUGUGAAUCUGAUAACUCUCUCAUACAAGAAACAAUUUUUACAGAAUCCCAAACCGAUGACGUUAAAACUCCAACCCCAACUGGGGAUACGAAUAAAUUGUUAGAAUCUGAUAAUGCUUAUGAGGGUGGAAGCGGACAAUGUGUAAAGAAAUUUGCAGACGAUGAGCUGCAAGAUGCAUUUCUUGCAAUGGAGGAUGCUGUCUCAGCCGCCAAACUGAUCAUCCGCUACUUAGGUCGUACUGAUGCACGGUUAAAGGCAGCCUUGCAUCGGUCAGGACCGUGUGACGGUGUCGUUGUCAACUGCCCUGCGGCAGAGCGAGUAGCAAAGGAGGCGCAUGCGUUCGCAGUCAGAACGCAGUCUGUGUUCAUGACGUACUUCAGAUUGGCCGAAGCAGAGGAUACCUUCAGAGAAUUUAUUUUGAAAGAAUUCCCCGGAACAGAGAAGGAGAGGAGACAACUAAGAAGAUGGUGGACUACCAACCAACCUAUCAUUGAUGGUGAUAAUGAUGCUGAUGACAGCAGCGAUAUACUGGAAGACGUACAAGAACCAUAA